CACAAAUUAUACGAUUCAAUUUGUCGGAUGGCAUGCCUGAAAAGCAUACAGGUAGCUGAGGGGGAGGUAAGGAUUGUUUGAAAUCGUUUGUCUGCUGUCAACAUUUGCUAUCAGUUGCUGAUAAAGAUUACUUUAGCAGAAAAAGGCAGAGAAAUCUUCUUCCUCCCUUCUUAGGGUUUAGAGUCAAUGUCUAGCUUAGUAAUACCUUAUUCAUUACGAUUUUUUUUUAGGAGAAUGUGUCGGAUACUCGUGCUUUCACUGCUGGUCUUCAUUGUACCGAGCGACGAUGCUUACCGGAUAUUGGGGCUUUUCCCUCACCCUGGUUUAAGCCACUUCAAAGUGUUCUAUCCAGUGAUGCGCGGACUAGCGGAAGUCGGCCAUAAUGUCACGGUAGUAAGCUACUUCCCAGAUAAGGACCCUCUACCGAAUUAUCAAGAUUUGCCAUUUGAAGGACAAGAAAUCUUAACGAAUAGUUUCAGCCUGCAGCAUUUUAAUGGCCGUCGCUUUAUUGAUAAUUUCGUAGAAUUUUUCGAACUAGCUGCAUGGGGAGUUGGGAGCUGCCAGGCGGCGCUUAACUCGCCAGCCUUAGACAAGGUACUGCAAUCGCAUCAAACCGAUCCAUACGAUCUUGUCAUCAUGGAAAUGUUUGCCACUGAUUGCAUGGCGGGUGUUAGUUGGAUCAUGCGUGUACCAUUCGUUGGAUUGAGCAGCUGUGCUCUAAUGCCGUGGCAUUACGAUAGAGUCGGUCUUCCGGACAACCCGGCUUACAUUCCCUCAGAGUUUAGCAGGUUUUCGGAAUCGAUGACGCUCUGGGAGCGGAUGGAGAACUGGUUUGUCACUAGAACUGUGAAGCUGCUGUACCGCAUGGUAGAAUACAGCGAUAACCAUAAGCUACGAGCGAAAUUUCCCGAUUCAGCUAUACCGAGUGUGAGAGAAAUCGUCCGUAAUACGAGCUUGAUAUUGGUUAACCAACACUAUACUCUUAGUGGCGCUCGGCCCUUAGUUCCUGCGGUUGUUGAAGUUGGUGGCAUUCAUAUCCGUAGUCCAAGUGAUAUUCCUGCUUCGCUGAAGACGACAUUGGACAGCGCCACGGAGGGUGUCAUCGUCGUUUCGUUUGGAUCUGUCUUGCGAGCUGCUUCACUUCCGGAGAGUAAACGCAAGGCUAUGGUUGAGGCAUUCAAGCAUUUUCCGCAUAAGGUCAUGUGGAAAUGGGAAGAAACACUACAGGAUCAACCUGAAAAUGUGAUCGUCCAGAAGUGGCUACCGCAGAGAGAAGUUCUAUGCCAUCCCAAUGUACGAUUAUUCGUGUCACAUGGAGGACUGUUGGGCGUCUCGGAAGCAGUUCAUUGCGGCGUUCCAGUCGUUGUGAUGCCGAUUUAUGGAGAUCAAUUUCUUAACGCUGCCGCCUUGGUUAAUCGUGGAAUGGGUGUACAGAUGGAUUACGAGCAUCUCGACGACACCAACUAUAUACAACGGUGCCUUACCGAAGGAUUGAGCAGCAAAAAAAGAUUCCGAGCUCAGGCUGUAUCAAAGGCAUUUCGUAAUAGAGCUCAAUCACCGCUAUCAUUAGCACUUUGGUCCAUCUUGAAUGUUAUUGAGCACGGCGACAUGCGACUGGAGAAAUCAUACGGAAGCGAGAUAUCCUGGUUCGUUGACUCUUCCUUGGAUGUGCUAGCUGUUAUUACAAUAUCCUUGAUCGCCAUCAUCUGGCCUACUUGUUUCUUUUGCCGGAAAAUAUUUUCCAAAAAAGAUUAAAAUAGGAUGAACAGCCUUGCUGCAUGGCUGCAUUUUCAAAUAGAUAGUUAAAUAGGGGACAGCAGGGACUAAUUUCAUUAACGGGUAAAUAGUUUAAUAAAUCAAAAUCACCUUAGAU